CUUCUGGGUGCGCUAGAGCGAGAGAGAGAGAGCGAAAGCGCCGAGGAAGCAGCGAAAGGAGCAGCCGCCGGGCGAGACCACUCGGCGCCAGGAAAAGGGGGGGGCUCUCUGUCUUUGGGGAGAGACCACCGUCAGAGGCGGGAGGGGGGAGGAGAAAAAAGAGCGGGAAGGAAGGAAGGAAGGGAAGAAAGAAAGCGAGGGAGUUUCUCUUCUGGGCUUGGGCGAUACCAUUGCGCGUCGGGAGGGGGGGAGGGGGGAAUAGGAUAGAGAGCAUAGGAAGGGAGGAACCAUUUUACAGAUCUGAGCGGGGGGGGGGCAGGGAAUACAUUAGAAGCUUUUUGGGCGGUUGGGCGGGCUUUUUUGAGACAGUUUAGGCUUUAUUUUGUGUUUAGAAAAAGGGGUAUCACUAGCCUGAUUUCUACAUUAUUAUAGUAUUUAUUAAGAGUCUUGUUUGUGUGAGGGUUUUAGUCAGAACUGGGAAAAAACCGUUGGCCAGAGUGACGCCAUCUUUGCUUAUUUUGAGGCAGUUGACAGGCAGCGUCGCCUGAGGGGAAAAAAAGGCGGCAGAGGGGGGUUUGAGAUAUAUAUAUAUAUAUAUAUAUAUAUAUAUAUAUAUGUAUAAAAUAUUAUAAUAUACUAUAAUAGGGGCUAAUUAGGUUUAGCUUCCUUAAAAAGUACCUCAGGAAGUCUACCUGUGGAAAAGUAACGCUAGAAUAACUUCUGGCUAGGCCUCCAAAACACUUCAUUAAUGUAUAAUAUUACAUAUAUAUAAUAUAUAUACUGAUUUAAGGGGGCAUUAUUAAGCUUAGUUUCUAGAAAAGUACCGAUAUAUUUAAAAGGAAGGUUUAAUUAGGGUUAUUGUAUAUAUAUUAAAAAGGGGGUAUUAAUAAGGGUUAUUUGCUAGAAAAGUACCUCAGCAAAUACACCUGUGGGCAGGUAAAGUUUCCCCACUGGUAUGCAUAAAUAGAUAUAUCUUAAAAGGAGGGUUUUAAUUAGAAUUAUUUGCUAGAAAAGUACCUCAGUGAAUACACCUGUGGGAUGGUAAAGCUUCCCCACUGGCCAUAUAGAUAUAUAUUAAAAGGAAGGUUUUAAUUAGGGUCAUUUUCUAGAAAAGUACCUCAGCAAAUACAUCUGUGGGAAGGGCAAGAUUCCCCAUUGGCUAUAUUAUAUAUAUAUAUUUAAAGGAGGGUUAUUUGUUAGAAAAGUACCCCAAGGAAUCCACCUGUGGGAUGGUAAAGCUUCCCUAAAAGGGUUUUUUAAAUUAAGGUUAUUAUCUAGAAAAGCACCCCAGCAAAUACACCUGAGGGAAGGUAAAUUUUCCCCACUUUAUAUAUAAUAUAUAUAUAUAUUAAUUAGGGCUAUUUUCUAGAAAACUGCCUCAGCGAAUCUACCUGUGGGACCGUAAAGCUUCCCCACUGGCCAGAUAUAUAUAGAUAUUUAUGUAUAAACAUAUAUAUUAAAAGGAGAAUUUUUAUUAGGGUUAUUUUCUAGAAAACUGCCUCAGUGAAUCCACCUGUGAGACGUAAAGCUUCCCCACUACUACAGUUACUCCUGGCCAUAGAUAUAGAUAUUAAAAGGGAGGUAUUGAUUAGGGUUAUUUUCUACGAAAGUGCUUGAGGGAAUCCACCUGUGGGAAGGUAACACCUCUUUGCUACCAGAACAACUCCUGCAAGGCUCUUACCUGUUCGCUCAGGUGUGUUCACCCGCCUUGCUGCUGCGCUUCGUGGAAACCCUGCCCAUUCUUGGAGGAAGCCAACCCAGAUUGACAGGGCCUGAUCUGGAUUAAUUGGGCACCUGCCGCCCCUUCAGGAUAACCUUUCUUUGGGACAAAGCGAAGCCAACCGAGACUAUGGGCUUUCUUUCUCUUGGAGAAUAAACUCAGAAGAUCUGUGACUCUUCUUCCUGGAUUCCUAUUUGGUUUUUUUUUCUUCCUCCAUCUCUCUUCCAACUGGGACAAAAAAGGAGAGAUUAAAAGGAUAAGAACCCAAUUAGCUUUUGGAAGCAACGUGGCCUCACACCUGGAUUAGAAGAGCCUUUUGGAAUAUAAAGAGUUGAAGGGGCCUCGGAAGAAAAGGAUAUCUGGGAGAGAACCUGGACUUCUUUCCCUGCCUGGGAACUGAUGUUGAGGGGGAGCUGACGUUUGGAAAUUACCGCAGGGUUCUCUCUGUCCGAGCAAACCAUGGAUGUGUGGUCCAGGAUCACCGUGUGGCUCCUCUGUGGUGUCCUCCUGCAGCAGGGACGAGGGGAGAGGGCCCCCGGCACUCACCUGGAUGAAGCCACCAUUGCAGAGUUCUGCCGCAUCGACCAGCCCUUGUGCAACAAUGAGGAUGAGCAGCUCAGCUUUGAGGCAGUCCGCAACAUCCACAAACAGAUGGACGACGAUGCCAAUGGCAAUGUGGACGUGGAAGAAAGCGACGAGUUCCUGCGGGAAGACUUGAAUUAUCACGACCCGACCGUCAAGCACAGCACUUUCCAUGGGGAGGACAAGCUCAUCAGCGUUGAGGAUCUCUGGAAGGCCUGGAAAGCCUCCGAAGUGUACAAUUGGACGGUGGACGAGGUGGUUCAGUGGCUGAUCACGUACGUGGAGCUCCCUCAGUACGAAGAGACCUUCCGACGGCUGCAGCUCACAGGCCACGCUAUGCCCAGAUUGGCCAUCACCAAUGCCACCAUGACCGGGGCUGUCCUGAAGAUGACCGACCGGAGCCACCGGCAGAAGCUGCAACUCAAGGCCUUGGACACCGUCCUCUUUGGGCCUCCCCUCCUGACGCGUCACAACCACCUGAAAGACUUCAUGUUGGUGGUGUCCAUUGUGAUCGGGGUGGGUGGCUGCUGGUUUGCCUACAUCCAGAACCGCUACUCCAAGGAGCACAUGAAGAAGAUGAUGAAGGACCUGGAGGGCCUCCACCGGGCCGAGCAGAGCCUCCACGAUCUCCAGGAAAGGCUGCAGAAGGCGCAGGAGGAGCACCGCACAGUGGAGGUGGAGAAGGUCUCUCUGGAGAAGCGUCUCCAGGACGAGAUCAGCAUGGCCAAGCAGGAGGCCCACCGGCUGCGGGAGCUGCGCGAGGGCACCGAGAACGAGCUCAGCCGCCAGAAGUACGCCGAGCAGGAGCUGGAGCAGGUCCGGAUGGCACUGAAGAAUGCGGAGAAGGAGCUGGAGUCGCACAGCAGCUGGGCCGCCCCAGAAGCCCUCCAGAAGUGGCUGCAGCUGACCCACGAGGUGGAAGUCCAGUACUACAACGUCAAGAAGCAGAACGCCGAGAAGCAGCUGCUCCUGGCUAAGGAGGGGGCUGAGAAAAUAAAGAAGAAGCGCAACACUCUCUUUGGCACGUUCCAUGUGGCGCACAGCUCCUCCCUGGACGAUGUGGAUCACAAAAUCUUGACCGCCAAACAAGCCCUGAGCGAGGUGACGGCAGCCCUGAGGGAGCGGCUGCACCGCUGGCAGCAGAUUGAGAUGCUCUGCGGCUUCCAGAUCGUCAACAACCCGGGGAUCCAUGCGCUGGUGGCCGCCCUGAACAUCGACCCGGCCUGGGUGGGCUCCGCCUCCGCUGCCACGCGGGCCAACGCCUCCCACUUCAUCAUGACCGACGACAUGGACGACCUCGACGAGGAGAUCGUUUCUCCCAUCUCCAUGCAAUCGCCUUCUUUGGCCAGCAGCGUCCGCCAGCGCCUCGUGGACCCCCAGCUCGCCUUGGGAUCGCAGAGGUUGGUAGAGAGCCAGGCCGAGGCGGGGCCCCUGGUCCACUACUUGCCCGGCGGAAGGGUCACUCUGCGCCGGAUGCCCAGCAUCUCCGGCGGGCAGCCCUUCGGCACAGACGUCCAUGGUGCCUCUGCCUCCUCUGCCACCGGCGCGGCCUCCUCUCUCCCUCCUCCUUCCUCCUCCUGCUCCUCCGCCGGCCACGCGCUGCCCAUCCUCUACCACCACACCACCUCCUCCUACAUCCUCCAGAUGGACGCCCUGCCCAACCUGCCCCCGCCGGACGUCACCUCCGGGACCCGCGGCCGCGCCGACAGCUUUGGGGACCUCUCCCGUUCGGACUCGGACUCCUCCAUCCCGCACCUGAGUGACAACCAGCGCAUCCCAGGCUCCUCCUCGGCCUCCAAGCUGCUGACCGCCCGGCCUACUUCCACCGCCACUGCCGGCCUCCUGAACAAGUCCAUGGAGGAGGUGGGGCCCUCCAGCCUCCCGGCCCUCGGGGGCCCCUCUCCCGGCAGCAGCUGCAGCCGUCACGCGGAGGGGGGCCCGUCCUCCUUGCCGGAGCAUCUCGCCGAGAGCCCCAUCGUGCUGAAGAAAGCGCUGAUGCUGAACCACGGCGGCCUGGAGAAGGCCACCAGCCUAGGAGAGAUCUCCCAUUCCGGUGGUGGGGGAACGGGGGCCUCGGGGGGCUCCCGGCACAGCCCCUCCGACUCCUCACGCUCGCACAGCCCCAGCUCCACAGAGCCGGAGACCCCCUCGCCCACCUCGGAGGGGGGCCGCCCCAACAGCCUGGGCAAGGGCAACAGCCGCAUCCCGCACCUGGCCUCCAAGAAGAGCGCGGCCGGCGGCGAGGAAGACAGCGGCUCCACGGGCGAAGAGACCGACUCGGGGCCCGGCAAGAAGAAGUUCCCCCUCAAGAUCUUCAAGAAGCCCAAGAAGUAGCCGCCACCUCCGCCACCACUGGAAGGGGAACAGGAAGCCCAAAGCCCACCCCCAGGACAUGAGCCCCUCCCUCCGUGGCAGAAGAGCCGGGCCAGUUGAGGGGGGUGCAGGCCACACAGCAGGGGCCUCCCUCUCCCCCCGAGCACCUUAUGAAGGGGAGCGCCGCCCACCUGUCUGUCGCCCGGACCCCCACCUCCCUCCCCACUCCCUCCCUUUGCGGCUGCUGGGGCUGGAGGAGCCAAGAGGCCUAUUUAUUUGUAUUUGUCGGUGACCUCGGCCUGCCCCCGCUGACCCCCUCCAGCCCCAGCGGCCUUUGCUUUUGCUGCUGCUUCUGCUGCGCAUGGCUUCACUUCGGACCCCUCCUCAGUUUGGCACACUGGACUGGAAUGCCUUCUCUCUGGUUCCGUUCCCGGCAGGCCCAAGCCCUUCCCCAAAGCCAGGACGCCCCCUGAGAGUGAAAUGGGUCAGGGGGCUGCCUCAGAGUUGACCCCCUUCUCCUGGCUCAUAUGGAUAUAGAUACAGAGGGUCGUGGGGUUGGCUUUGCUCCCAUAGAGCCAGGCAACCGUGGAAGGGACCCCUCCCCAGUGCUCCCACCUUGGAGAGCAGGACCUUCCCACUUCCUUCACCUGGAGACCCACAGCUUUGCAGGGCAAGGGAGGCCUUCCUGAGGCACCAGCUUCCUACCCAAACGCCUGCAGGUUGCUCUCGCUCACUUGGGGGGUCUGCAGAAGCUGUGGCCCUUCAUUGACACCGGAGUGCCCUGCAGGCCUUUCACUCCUUGUCUUCCAUUUUGGGGAGGGGUCCUCCCUGGGCUUGCCAGCCAGAAAACAAGACCAGGGUUCCCCACAAUCACCCACUGCUGCCUUUGUUCUUUUCCUUUCCUUUCACUUGCAGCAACAUGCCUUUCCUUCCUUUUUGCCCUUCGACUGGCCAGCUUGGGGGGCUUGCCAAUCCUGCCCCCAGAGACCCUUGAGAGGGCGGCAGCCAUGGGGUCCCUCUUCCUGGACUCGCCCUGCUUCCGGCUGAAUGUUGCAGCCCCCUCCCCCUCUGCCUUGCCGCCAAGUGCCUGGAGACCCCCUUUGGCCCCCUCUGCUUUUCCCUGGGCCCCCUUUGGCCCCACGGCGGAGUCCGGCUCCCAAGGAGCCCCCCAGAAAGAGCGCCGCCUGCCCCUCAAUCCAGGGAGAGGGGCCUCUGGGCCAUGGAGCUGCCGCCACCGUCGCCGCCUCUUCUUUCAUUUCGUCCUCCUCCUCCCUGAGAGGAGACCCUCACUCUGCAUCUGCCCAAACGUCUUGGUUUUAUUUAACAGCCAUUUCAUAAAAACGGUUUUCAGUCCAAUAAAAGCAUGUAGACUCUUGUAA